UUGAAAAUAUAAGAGGCAUCGAUUGCGUUAUAUUCACAAAUGCAGGGGAAACGAGACCACAAGUUGAGAAGACAUUAUGGGCCUACUUUGAAAACAACACCGACUAUUGGAUUCCCGUAAGAUACAAAACCAAGGAGGUUGAUGAUUGGCACGGAUAUUUAAACAAUUACGAGAUUUGGGAUUUUUAUAACUUUAACGAAGACAUUGAUUUAGAUGUUUUUAAAAUGACCUAUAAUUGCACAACCAGCAAAAAUGAUAAAAAAGCUGCAAGUAAAUCCAAUGAUAACUAUCUCCUGAAUUUAAAUGCCGAAGAAAUUAAGGAAUUUGAUGAUGCAUUUUCUACGUAUAUACGGCAGUUUGGAAAACAAUAUGCGAAUAAGGAAGAACGUGAAAUGAGAAAACGUAAUUUCUACAAAAGUUGGAGAUUAGUAACUAGUUCAAAUAAUAAAAAUCUGGGCUAUAAACUAGCACUAAAUAAACUAUCCGACCGUAUUGACGAAGAACUUUCGAAGUACAGAAGUCCGAAAAGUGACAAGCCUAAAACUGGAAGGAUACCUUUUCCUUAUUCAGAAGAGGAAAUAAAAAAAAUAGCAAACACUGUUCCUAAGGAAUACGAUUUGAGGGUGGAGGGCCUUGUAGGUCCUGUUUCGGAUGCGUUAAAUGAAGGAUGUGAGUCUGAUUGGGCCUUUGCUGUUACGGCUGUCGUGGAAGGGUCCCUGGCUCGGAGCAACGGAGGUACUUGGAUGAAACUAAGUGAACAAGCUCUCGUAGAUUGCUCCUGGGGAUACGGAAAUAAAGGUUGUAAGGGUGGAAGUCCUAUGAAAUCUUACGAGUGGAUAAUGAAGCAUGGAUUACCCUUACAACAGGAAUAUGGCCAGUACACUAACAAGAAUGGAUUUUGUAAGUUGCAAAAUAUGACGAAGACCUUCAAAAUCAAAGGAUACACGAAUGUCAUCCCGAACAGUGUCGACGCUCUCAAGAUCGCUUUGAUCAACCACGGGCCUAUAGCUGUAAAUGUAAACGGAGGCUACGGCCUAAUGAUGUAUGAUGGAGGCAUUCUUUACGACGAGUCGUGUGACGCAUCCGACGAAGAUGAUGAAGAAGAAAAGAUCCCCAUGACCCUAGUUGGUUAUGGUGAAAGAGACGGCGAUACGUUCUGGAUCCUCAAAGAGUCCAACAGUCCAUACUGGGGUAUCGACGGUUAUGUCUACAUAUCUGCUAGAGAUAAUAACUGCGGCGUAAUGAAUGAAGCUACUUAUGCUAUUGCAUAAAAAAAGUCAUACAUAAACAUAAUCUAACGACGAAACUUGGCUAUGUGCUUGACGAACUUGCUUAGAAUAUAAUAUUAUCAUAUUUAAUACACGUGGAAUGUAACUAGGUUAAGCAAAUGAAAAUAUACUUACUUAUUACCUAUAGCAUUUUA